AUGAAUACAAAGUCUUUUGAAGUAUUGAUUCACUCAUAGUUUGCUUUCCAUAAAUGCAGAUCAGAAGUACAUAAAUAUGAAGAUUGCAGACAAACCACAUCACCUAUUCCAAAAGAUCCAAGGUUGUGUAAAGAAAAGGCGAAAGAAUUGGUGGGAUGUUACAAAGAGGCCGAAAGGAUGCAUCCUCUAUGCUUGGCACCAUUUAAUGAUGUAAGGGAAUGUGUUUUUAAGGCAGAUGGCAAUAUCUUUAAUUGUAAAAAGGAAGCACAGUAAUUUGUUGAUUGUUAAAUGGAUUAAGAAAAAUAUUAAGAUUUCUUAUCUCUUUCAACUGAUAAAUAGAAAGAAGCCUUAUAAUUUGAUUUCUUUAACUACAGAGGACAUUUUGACAAAUAUAGUUGAAGAUGCAUUGAUUAUUAAAUAAAAUACAUAAUACCUAAUAUAAUUAAAA